UGUCCCCCUCGUGGCCUCGUCGUCCCCUGGACGACUUUUCCCCCCGUCUCCCACCCCGCGGCGCGGCGGAAUCCAGUUCCAACCAAGCCCACCAAAUCGAGCCGAGCCCCCGGCGCCGCCGAAUCCCGCGGCCUCGGAGAUCCAGAAGGGUCUAGAAGCAGCGGGGGAGGCGCCGCCGGAAGCGGAGGAAAGCAGGCGCCGGUGGUGGCGAAGUCGUCGGCGUCGGGGGCGGCGGCGGCGGCUGGGGUGGCUGCGAUGAUAACCCGGUCGAAGCUGGUGGAGCAGCUCCGCGACUACCAGAUCCGAUCCCAGCACAAGCGUGACAUUAUCGGAGCAAUCUCAUGGGGCCUGCUGUGUUGCUUUCUGAUAAUAUCCUCGUACAUGACGCUAUACUUCAGGCACUUUUGGCUUAGUGCUGUUAUCAUCUCACUCGGCAUUCUCCUUCCUGCUGGCCUGUAUAUUUUGAGGCAGAGAAAGCUGGCUAAGAAGAGAGAGAGAAGACUGUUGUUGCCUCUCUCCAUGUAAUGUUGUUGGUAGAUUCCUUGUUUCUGCACUUGUUCUUGUCUUGAUAGAAUCCGCAUUCUUGGCUUGCGGCUUGCCUAGCACACAUCCAACAUUUUAUACGUCUCUGGCCCUUAAUACACGUCCUUAGUGUUUUCCAAAGUUCUACAAGAGAGACAUGAUUAUUUCACGACGUUCCGGUAGAUAUCCUCUAAUGCAUUGAGGGUAUGAUAGGUUGUGCCAUAUGCUAUAUUUUUCGUUUUCUUUUUCUUUUUGGUUUUGGUUUGAUGGAUAACUGCAGCCUGAAGAAAUAUCUCAACAUGUCAGGUUACACAGGGUAUCACCACACUUUUGUAUCUAGAUACUGUUUUGUUGUUCUGAUGGAACUUGUUAGCCUUGAUUUCCUUGUGGAUUUCUUAUGCUCACAGCCCAGUCAGUUGAUAUUUGUUUUGAGAAAGUUGUAUGUCGGAAGGCAGAGCAGAUAGGCACUGUAUACUUUCUUACCGCUGGAAUGGAUUUGUAGUUUUGUA